AUGCGUCUCAUCAAUGUCCACACAAAAAAACUUGAGGAGUUCUUCGGCGACAAGAUUCCUACUUAUGCCAUUCUCUCCACUGCUGGGGCGACGACGAGGCUCUCCUAUCUCUGGGUCGACACUUGCUGCAUAGAUAAAAGCAGCAGCGCUGAGUUGUCUGAGGCCAUCAAUUCAAUGUAUCAGUGGUACGCGAAGUCGCAAGUUUGCUACGCAUAUCUAGAGGACGUGGAAGAACUGAAUUACGAUCCGGACAAGAAACCCUCCAGAUGGUUCACUCGAGGCUGGACAUUGCAGGAACUCCUCGCUCCAAAGUGGGUCGAGUUCUUUGGCCUGAACUGGAAAUACCUUGGAAGUAAAACGACCAUGUGCGAGACUAUCUUUCAAAUUACCAAGAUUCCACGAGGAGUCCUAGUGUCUUCGCAUGAGAUCAGAAGGCAAAGUAUUGCGAAAAGAAUGUCAUGGGCAUCAGAGAGACAAACAACGCGGAUGGAAGACACAGCAUAUUGCCUACUUGGGAUAUUUGAAAUUAAUAUGCCACUGUUGUAUGGUGAAGGCGAAAGAGCUUUCCAAAGACUACAGGAAGAACUGAUCAAGGAGUCUGACGACCAGUCAAUAUUUGCGUGGGAUGCUGAGGGAUUCUUGAAUAACGGAGUCUUUGCUCGAUCACCAGCAGAUUUUCGAAAUGCGGGUGAUAUUCUCUACAACCUUCCUAAGAUACCCGGAUUCUUCGCCUUCAAUCAUUGCCAAGACUCACAAAACUUGCAAAACUGA